AUGGACGAUCUGUAUUUAUUGACAGGAGACAUGCAAGCAGGAGUCUUAGGCCCAGAUAAUAAAGAAGCUCUCAUUAACAUGAGCUCAGCCCAUCUAGUGGUCCUGAAUUACUUGUCUAGUUAUACAGAAAUUAUUGGAAAUCCAGUCUUGUCGCGAAUCUCAUGGUCUUUGUCUUCCAUCAUCCAGAUCGUUCGAGCGGGAAAAGUGUCAAUAAAUUGA